AGGGGUCGUCCCAUAUUGACGGACAAACGUGACAACAAUCAAAGUAGGCAAAACAAUCCUGUCGUGAGCAUCAUUUAAAAGCAAUUUUCCUGGAAAAAGGAGUGAUUUUGUGAUAGAACGGGGUGCAGGAGUGUGUGCAUUGGGCCCGGGAGUUGCGAGUGGUGUGCUUUUGUGCCAUUCUUGGUGAACGCAUCGUGUGUUUUGGGUGCAGGUUGAAUGAUGGCUGAGAAUGACAAAGAUUCAAGAUGGUACUUCACGGCAGAACAACUCCAGAACUCACCGAGCCGAAAAUGUGGCAUAGAUGCGGACAAGGAGCUGGUCUAUCGGCAGCAGACGGCCUAUCUCAUCCAGGAAAUGGGGCAACUGCUUAGAGUCUCUCAACUGUGCAUAAAUACAGCAAUUGUGUACAUGCAUCGAUUCUAUGCAUUUCACUCCUUCACACACUUCAAUCGUCACGGAAUAGCCGCAGCAAGCCUCUUUCUGGCAGCAAAGGUGGAGGAGCAACCACGAAAGCUGGAACAUGUAAUUCGUGUGUACUACUCCUGCCUAACACCAUCGGCUGAGCCACCGGAUACCACGAAGGAGGCAUUCUCGGAGCAAGCCCAGGAUUUGGUAUUCAAUGAGAAUGUUCUUCUGCAGACAUUGGGAUUUGACGUAGCCAUCGAUCAUCCCCACACGCACGUCGUCAAGACUUGCCAUCUUGUGAAAGCAACAUUCUCUUUUCCAGCAUGCAAAGAUCUAGCCCAGACAUCCUACUUCAUGGCCUCCAACAGUCUGCACUUAACAACAAUGUGUCUUCAAUACAAACCAACUGUUGUGGCGUGCUUCUGCAUCCAUUUGGCAUGUCAGUGGUCCAAUUGGGCGAUCCCAAACUCUUCAGAGGGUUUGCCGUGGUUCCACUAUGUGGAUAAGACUGUUACGGUGGAGCUCCUAACGCAGCUAACGGAGGAAUUUAUCCAAAUCUACGAUAAGAGCCCAUCGCGCCUCAAGAGUAAGUUGAAUUCCAUCAAGACACUCGCUCAGGGGGCAAAAGUCGGCGAAGGAUCAUCGCAGGAGCGCUCAAAUCAUCAUAGAGCCUCCUCAUCGAUGGGGCAUUCGCACCAUCAUAAGGUGGAUCCGAAUAACCCCAAAGGGAUGCCGUCGUCGUCGUCGUCGCGUCAGCAACAGCAGCACUUUCAGCAGAUGCACCAUCAGAGUGGGAAAUCACGUGAACGUCCAAAUGUGCCGCCGACACAGGCUGAUGGGGGCCACGGGGGGAUGAAGGGGAAUAUGGUGGGAACGGCCAAGGGGGCUGCUGCCAUUCAGGGGAGUUCUGGACACACACGUGGCCUACCGCCGCCAAGAGAUGCCUUCGGGAGGGAGUCGAGUAAGAGUCGACCAUCCUUCCAGCAGCACCAUCCUUCGGGAUUUCCGCAGCACAAACCACCGCCGGAUUUCCGGGAGCAGCAGCAGCAGCAGAAGAAGGAUCUCUUUGCGUCUUCCACACAGCAGUCCAAGAGUGGUGGUGGUGGUGGGCAGUACCAGCAAUCAUCCAAUUACUUCAGUGAACCUCCCACAAGGAGUGGUGGUUCCAAUACAUCUCAGGGCAUGAGGUACAGCCAAAAUUCCCAUAAACACGAAGGUGGUCCACCACCGGUGUUUGGACCGAAAAAUCCAGGAGGAAGUGGACAUGUUGAUGUUUCACAGCAAAAUAAUGAAAGUAGUAGUGAUAUAGUUCCGCCCACGUCUCCGAGACAUCCCCAAAAAUCCAUCUUUAGCCCCGAUCAACCGGAAAAGGUGGAUGUGAUGAAGAAAUCCGCCGUGCCAUCGUUACCAAGGUAUGACGAUCGCCGUAUGGAUGUGAAGAAGGAUAAACGACCUGAUAUGUCGGCAUCGGGUGGAGGUAGUGGUAGUAGUAGUAGUAGUAGUCAUCCGAGUAAAUCCAAUCAAGUACUUCAUCCACCACCACAAUCACUGAAUAAUCCACCGGGAAUGGAGAAGAAGGUGGCAAGUGUGAAGCCACAGAUGAAGCAUCCGCCACCACCACCAUUCGGGGGGCCACCAUAUAAGAUUUCUAGCAAUGUUAAGCGCACCUUUGACGACAUGACGCGUCAUGAGGAGAGUGGGAUUGAUUUCCGGGAGGCAAAAAUGCGUCGUUCAGAGGCUGAAAAUGAAUCACGUGCACGUGCUGGGAAGAUGGAUUCAAUGGGUGGUGGGAAUCCCCUGCAUCUCGGUGGGAGUUUCAAUGCUUUCGAUACGGCAUUCGAUCAGCCCAAGAGUAGCAGCAGUAGCAGUGGGGGGCACAAGAUAUUCCCACCAUCGUUGGCAAAUAGUAUCGAAACAAAUCCCGAUUUAGUGAGUUGUCUGCUAAAGGAGAGUCUCUCUGAGAAUAAAUGGUCAAUGGGUGGUGGUACGGAGAAGCAGCAGCAGCAGCAACCACCUGCAGCUGGAACAGGGCAAGAUAUGAUGGCGCAUGUGGUACAGCCACCACCUGCAGUGCAGCAGAUUGAUGGGAAGAACCCAACGUCGUCAGGCGGUAUGAUGCCGUCGAAUGUGCUGCAACCACCACAACAGGGUGUUCCGGUGAAGAGUGAAGUGGGGGCUGAGGCGCAGGAGCACCAUAAGAAUCGAUCGGAGAAGAAGAAGAAGAAGGACAAGCACAAACACAAAGAGAAGGAUAAGACGAAGGAUCGUGAGGAGAGGAAGAAGCACAAGAAGGACAAGGAGAGGGAUAAGGGGGAGCAGCAGCGUGGCAAUGAUGAUCACCACAAGAAUCCGGUAACGUUGAAAAUAAUGCUGCCACGGGAGAAGGGUCCAACGGAUGGUGGUGGAGCAGCAGCAACCGAUGGGGGAUUCAAGAUAAAAAUUCCCAAAGAACGCCUACGGCCGGAGAUUAAUGCGGGUGGGCAUGGGAUGCAUGAUGAUCGUAUGGCGGGAACGCAGCCAUCGUCGCUGGAUCAUCUUCUGCUGGAUAAGCCAUCGUCGUCGCUCAAGAUAAAGAUCUCCAAAGAUAAAAUUGAGAAUUUCUCCGAUGAUCCAAUGUACUUGACGGCCUAUCCAGGAGCACCAGGUGGUGGUGGAGCUGCCAGGAAGAAGGAUAAGGACAAGGAGAAGAUCCUGAAGUACACCAUGUAGGUUAAAGAUCAUAAAGGAAGCUUCCCCCCUGCAGCUCGUGGCGUAGCAGUAGAAUAAUAAAAAAAAAACAAACAAAAAGUUAAUGUUUGGAAUUUUUAGAAAGUGAGAGAGAGAGAGAAGGAAAGAAGCAGGGAGAGAUUGUUGUUGAAUUUAAAUUUUACUAUUACCUCUCAUUUCUUUACAAACAAACAAACAAAAAAACAACCCUUAGCUUUUAAGAGACGAAAAAAUGAGGGAAUGCUAAAAGAAAAAAGAAGGAAGUUGAUUGAAAUUAUUCAAUAAGCAGAGAGAGGAUUUUGGACGUAAUCCAUUUGCGAUAUUAUCGUGAAAAUAUGUAAAAUAAUAUUUAGAGAAAACAUUUAAAAAAACAAAACUUCGGGGAUGCUUUCAUGAUUUUAUUUUGGGACACCCCCAACCCCGAAAAUAUUAUGAAGUGAUGGAGAAAGAAAUAAUAAAUUGUUGGGAAUGUUUGCAAAGAAAAAUGAUGAUUUUCUUGCAAAUAAGCCAAAAGAAAUCAACCACAAAAUGACUAUUCUCCUUUUUGAUUCUAAAGGAAAAACAAAUCUUCCCCAAUCCCGAAAGGAAUGAGAGGGAUGCGCCGUGGAAGAGAAAGGAUAUUUGAUGAGAUUCAGAUUAAAGAAAAAAAAUUGCAAAAUGUUUCCUCGAGAGUAUAUACAUAGAAAUCUACUAUCGACAUUUUAGCUGAAUUUGUAAAUAGAAGCAAAGAAAAGCAUUAAAUAAACACAACUUUUUCUCAUACCUAAAAAA